GGUGAUUCCCUGCAUCAGCAUGGAACUGGAACCCCAGAGCUGAUUGUGUCACAAAAACAUGCUGUGUUUGAGGGCCUGCAGGGUUGCCCUGCAUGCUGUCUGGUCUCCAGCCCAGGACACGUCAUUCUCUGUGAGGUGACACUGCGGUGUGAUGUCACAGUGGCUACCUCAUACACCCUUGUGGCAGCGGUGGGAGCGGUGGCUCAGUCCCUUGUGGGACCCGCAGGAAGAGGAGCCAGAGAGAGCGUUGUGUCUGUCUGGACAUAUCCUGCUGCGAUGGAGCGGCUGAGAGCCCUUCGAGGUCUCUUUGCCUGUGUGGGCUGCAUGCCCAGGCGAACACGUCGCAGGGAGAGAAGCAGGGUGUCAAGCCCUGUCCCUGCCUGCGCCGUGACUUUACUGCUGCAGCGCCUGCAAGAUCAGGAGGGUGACCGAGUGCAGGCGUACUGUGAGCUGGAGAGCGCCCUGAGGGAAGCCGACAGCCGCCCGCCCUGCGGAGUGGUGAACCGGCUGCUGGCAGAGGUGUCCCAGGACCUGACAGCAGCCCAGGGCGUGACAGCCAAUGUGAGGACAGCUGCCAGCAAUGUCCUGGUGGCUCUGGCUCAGACGCACUUCACCUUGGUGAUGGCUGAGCUCCAGAGCCUCCUGAAGGCCACAGGGGAGAUGUCCAAGGAGUUUGUGCUCGUCACCCUGAGCAAACUCUUCAGCACAUAUGCUCCACAGUGCAUCCCCUUCACGUGGCUGACGCUGGCCGGCCUGCGCAGUGUGGUGGGCCAGGUGAAGAGUGGCCGGAUCCUGCGCAUCGCUUGUGCUGUUGUGAAACAGUGGCUGGAUGGAGUCAAGAUGACCUUGUCCUCUGGAACCCAGUGCCCCUGGCCUGCCAUGGAGAAAGAGCAAAUCUAUGAGAACAUUCACGAGCUGCUCUUCUCUGUGGUGCAGAACUGGCAGGACUGCCAGGAGGAGGAGGACAAACAGGCAGUCGUUGGGGCUGUGGCUGCCAUGAUGGCUGUCCUCCUGCAAGAGGAGCUGCACCGAGAGCAAGUCUGGGAGCAGCUCCUCUGGCUCAUUCACCCGUGUCAGGAGAUCCAAGACACCUGCAGGGUGGCCAAGAGCCUCACUAUCUUCCUGGAGGCCUUAGAGGGCAUUGAGUGUGUCAUCCCAAAGGACAGGUUUCUGGACAUCACCGGUGCCUUGUUCUACCAGCUCUAUGACAACACCAAACAGCACAGCGAGGCUGAUCAUGCAGAGCUGACUCACUGCAUCAUGCUGCAGGCCCGGAUCUGCCCCGAGGAAACGAUCCUGUUUCUGCAGUCACAGCUGGAAGAUGACUGGGAGGCUGGAUGCGUGGCAGCCCUGGAUCUGCUUGGUGCUCUGGCUCGCUCUGAUGAGCCCGUGAUGACGGAGAAGCUGCCCCAGGUUGUUGAGGCUGUGCAGCGUUUGUGCAGCGACUCCAGGAUCCGGGUGAGGAGGGCCAUUCUGCAUUUCAUUAAUGAUCUGCUGAAUGCUAACGCCCGGAGCUGCUCAGCUUGGGAUGUGGUGGGGCACAUUUUCAGUGAGUUCAGCCGCACUGCAGGAAGAAGGGCAGCCGGAGACCUUUCUACCCGGGAAGCCCAGGAAGAAGGAGCCCUGCAGGAGCUAUGCAUGGACAUCCUGGGGACACUGGACGUCUCUGUGAGAGGGAUGUCCAAACUCCUGUGGCCGCGGCUGCUACUGUUUGUGGUGCCAGCUCAGUACACUGGCAUGCUGAUCCCGGUCUCCCGCUGUGUCCAAGCCCUGUCUAAGAGAGAGGACCUGACAGGACGGCGGAUAGAAGAUCUGGAUCCUCAUUUUGUCAGCUCCAUGUUUCAAGGCCCACUGCUGACUCCUCAGACACUGCUGGCGCGCCUGCUGGUGGUGGCAGGGAGUCCUGUUGCAGGCAGCGAACUCCAAGCCGCUGCCUUACUGCUGAUGAAAAACCUCCACAGCAGGUUCCACAGAGCUGUGGGGGCCAUGUGGGCUACUGAGAUCCCCCUGCUGCUGCAGUGCCUUGAAGGGAAAGAGGAGAGCUUCCCGGACACUGCAGACGCUCUCAUGCUCGCCCACGGCAGUUUGGCACUGUGUGCCACGAAGGAACAGCUGCUUGCCCACCUAGAGGGAGACAUCGUGGGCAACAUCCUGAUGCUGUACAGCUGCAGCUGCCGGGACUUGCAGAACAACCUUGCGCUGGUGCAGAGCAUCACCAACUUCAGCUCUGCCUUCCAGGCUGUGGGUGACUCCUGUUUUAACCCCUCCUUGAAGAGCAAGCUGCUGGAGAUCUUGAUGGACUUGCUGAAGAAGUAUUACUCGGGCAUCCCUGUCUCCCCGGUGCCCUUCAAGGUGGUUCUGGCCCUGGAGCAGUUGAGCAAGCUGAAGCCCUCAUUCGAAAGCAAGGACAUGCGUGAGAUGUUGGUCCUGUGCUGCAAAAACGUUGUGACACACCCUUCAGCAGAGGUGAUGGUAAAGAUCAGGAAGUCACAGCAAGCAGCGCAGUACCUGCAGCUUCAGCAAAGAUCACUGAAAGCUCUGGGCCGGCUCAUGGCGGUUCUGCUUGAGACAGAGCCCACCGGCGGCUUCUUCCAAAACAUAGUCCAUGUCCUGCAGAGAUCUAUGAUAUCAAAGAACGUGUGGGAGCGCAAGAGGGCCCUGCAGACCUGCUCCCAGCUGCUGGCUGUUUGUGAAGAACUUCAAAGAAGAGAUGUCUGUGAGCACUUUGGCUCCUUGGUGGGAUUGCUGGCGCCUCUGACUUGUGACCUCAUGCCCACAUCCCGCCAGCUGGCCGUCACCUGUCUAAGCUCCCUUCUCCAAAUCCAAGCCAAAGCGACCAACAGAGUAAUCGAGACGGGUGACAUCAGGAGCCUGUGUGAGAGGCUGCAUGCCUGCAGUGUCGUCUCUCAGCUCCAGACCACGUCCAAAAUGGCAAGAAUCGUGUGCAGAAACCUCCCCCUCGAACGCACUGUUGACUUCAUGACGGCUAUUAAGGAGACCUUCCGGAAAGCCAAAGGAGUGCGUGUGCGUGCUGCUGGGAAGUGGAUGACCACCUUUCUGCAGAUGCAUGGGAAGGACAUCUGUUGCAACGUGCCACCGAUUCUCUACAUCCUGCGCAGCUGCACAUCGUCUGCGCAGCAGAGCACGUUUGUGCCCUUCCUGUGCCAGGCAGUGGUCAUCCUGACCCGCAGUCACAAGGAGUUCAUGAUUGACAACUUCUCUCGGCUGCUUGGGCCCACAGACAGUGAGACGUGGAGGAGAAUAAGAGAGUUUUGCCUUCAACGGUGGAGCCAGUAGAAGAAAAAGGAAGGAAAAGGAAAAGGAAAAGGAAAAGGAAAAGGAAAAGGAAAAGGAAAAG